CGCAGUAAAAUCUGAUCUGAAAUCUGAGUUACACUGCGCAUGCGUUUUACCCCCACAUCGCAAGCCCCGUGUCCUAACCUCUUUCAACAGGCCUUGAUCGCCGUCAUGUAUGGACGUUUUUAUCAAUCAUCAACGAUUCAUUCGUACUUUUACUAAGUUUACAUCCAGGUGAAUAAGUUGCAUCCUACCAACAGCGUUGCAUGUUAGAGAUGUCAGGACGUGUGUGCGUCAGCAUCCUUCAAAGAGCUUCAAGCUGCACAUUGACACUUUCCUCUACUGCCCCAUUCAAGCCUCGACCAGCCCACCAAUGUUACUUCUCAUCCUGGGGUACCUCCAGAUCCCAAUCAGACCAGUCGAGCUUCACUGGUGAGGAAUCAGGAAACUGGUCUCAAAGUGGGCGGCACCUCUCCACUCGUCAGGACCUAGACUUCCAGCUCAGCCGGGUCCAAAUCAACAGUAUCCUGCGAUCUAAUGAGCAGAUUGUGACUGUGCCAGAGUUUGAUGGCAGGGGGCUCAGUGCGGUCAGAAAGUUUGAGAGCAACCAGCUGGCUGCUAACACACCCAAUGAGGACCGUCGCAGUGCAGCCACCUGCUUACAGUCAAAGGGCAUGCUCUUCGGGAUGUUUGACGGCCACGGGGGCUGGUCGUGUGCCCAGGCUGUCAGCGAGCGUCUGCUGUACUACACUGCAGUUUCAAUGAUGUCAAAGCAGAGCCUGGAGGAGCUCGAGAGAUGCAUGGAGCAUGGCAGAGCUGUCCCUCCCAUCCUGCAGUGGUACAAACACCAUGCAGACUUCAACUAUCGUGAAUCUGCUUCCCUCUACAUUGACCACCUCAGAGUCUUCUGGCAGGAAUUACUUGACAGCGAGGAACAUGGCGAAGGCAUGAGUCCUCCGGAUGCUCUGGACCGUUCUUUUAAACGACUCGACGCUGACAUCUCCUUGGAGGCUCAAGUCCCUCUUUCUAAUGACCUGAUGAAAAGCACCGCCAUCCAGGUUGCGUUUGCCGGUUGCACUGCCUGCGUUGCUCAUGUCGGCACAGACGGGAUCCACGUGGCGAAUGCCGGUGACUGCCGAGCAGUAUUGGGGGUGCUGGAGGAGGACGGUUCUUGGAGCGCUUUGCCCCUUUCCCAGGACCACAACUCACAGAACCAGGCUGAGAUGGAGCGGAUCAAGGCCCAGCACCCGCCCUCAGAGAGAGACACAGUGGUCACAGAUGACAGACUGCUCGGGAUCCUGAUGCCCCUGCGUGCGUUUGGCGAUGUAAGAUUCAAGUGGAGCCUCGAGUUGCAGCAGAGCAUUUUAGCCAGCUUGGAAUCCGGCGUGGACCUGGACUCUCUCAACCUGUACCAGUACACUCCGCCUAACUACCUAACUCCGCCCUAUCUGGAUGUGGCACCCGACAUAACCCAUCACAAGCUGAGACCUCAGGACCGCUUCCUGAUCCUCGGCACCGACGGGCUGUGGGACGAACUAGGGAACGAGGAGGCCGUGCGACUCGUCGGAGAGCACCUGAGCGGGAUUCACCUGCAGGCUCCUGUUUCUCCAUCUGAGAGGCAGAUGAAACUGGGUUGGAUGCAUAAACUGUUGCUGAAACGCCGGGCCCGUGCCUCCCCCGCUUUAGACACCAACGCCGCUACACACCUCAUCAGACAUGCUCUCGGCACCGGGGAGUACGGAGAGCUGUGCCAGGAGAGACUGGCCUCUAUGCUCGCUCUGCCGGAGGACCUAGCGAGAAUGUACAGGGACGAUAUCACGGUUACCGUGGUGUACCUGAACUCUGACCUGGCUAGACCUCAACGUAGCUAACAGAAGGUUUUUCAACAAUGCUGGAUGGAGAUUUAAAACAAUCAGCUGGUUCAUCUCAUAGUCAACAUCCUCCAGGCUGGAUAUUUUGGGAGAAAAAGGAUGAUCAUUACAACCUGUUACAUACGUUGGUUCACAAAUAUUUUUAAAUGAAAGGGCACGUUUUCAGUGUUUUUAUUAUGUAGUGCUCCAUAGAUUUAACACAGGUUACAUAUUCAUAAAUGUUGCAUUUAUCAGGUCAAAAUACAGGUUUUGUGGAGAAAAGCUUUUGAUCCUUCAGUGUAUUUCACUUUAUAGACAUCACCCGAGUUGCAUGUCAGAAGUGGAAAUGUUGGCAGACACUCACUGUGUUGCCUGUCUGUAUUUUAGUUUCUAUUUUUCUUGCACAGUUUGCUUUUGACAAUCCAUCUGUUAACUGGGCUGUUCACCUACAUGUUCACUGUGAUGUAUGGUUUUAACUCUGUGUAAAUGUACUGUCUUCAGUGUGGUUGUUACAUGUAUUUAGGUUGACUCUUCACUCAAAGGAACAAAGGUGCGGAUGCUACGUAAUAAACGGUUAAUAAAUUA